CUGUUUGCCCCUUCACAGCCCCCCAGCUAGUCGGUUGUGUCUUUUACUUGAACUCACCGGCAUGUUCCGUCUCUUACGGGUCCCUGCUAUGCAAGAAGAGCUACAUAUAUUUCUCAAUCAUGUUUUUCGAUGCUUGGUCCUUCAGCCCACAAGUCCGCUCAUGCUCAUGCUCACCGGUUUUCCGGAACCGCGGUCCUAAGUGUUUUCACUCGUCAAGGAUUGCUUCAGUCCUUGAGACAUCUCACCUGUCUACACUCUCCACGGUUCUGUGUUUGGGUCCGCUUGGUUCCGUACUCAUACUGCGUCGUCGUCCCGGAAAGUUGCAGACAAUGUAGAGGAACUACUUAGUGGCGAAUUCAUGACGCCGAACUUGUCACUUGGAUAUCAUCGCUUUCAAUCAGAGUUAUUCGGGCUAGGGCGGAUAAGCCUAAAGUGAAAUACAU